AACUUAGGGAGAAAAACACACACGGAUGUGCGAAGUGCAGUUAGUUUGGAUGUUACAAAAUACAGUUGUUUAUAGCCAAAAAUUGUAUAUAGUAGAAUUAUUUUGUAAAUAGAAACAAAUAUUUUAUACAAGGAUAUUUUUCUUAAUAUUUAUAUAAAAAUGAACAAAUUCGAAGCUCUUAAACUGGAUGAUUCCAAUAAUGAAGACAGUACAGAUGAUAAAGAAGAUGAAGACGGAGAUAGUACCAARAAGAAAAAUGGAACAAAUUUCGAUGCAGAUACAGCAGAUGAGGAAGAAUGGAAAACCUAUCAGGCUGAGCUUGAAGCCAARGUAGUCAAACCAAACCCAGGGGAAAACCCAUUACAGUGCCCAUAUGURUUUUGGUUUUCUCGGAGACCACCAGGAAAAGUCCAGUCUUCUAGCAAUUAUGAAAAUAAUAUCAAAAUUGUUGGAAAGUUUGCAUCUGUUGAACAGUUUUGGUCAUUCUACAGUUUCAUGGUUAUGCCAGGAGAGUUGACAGGACAUAGUGACAUUCAUCUCUUUAAGGAUGGAAUCAAGCCAAUUUGGGAGGAUGAAGCAAACAAGUGUGGUGGGAAAUGGAUUGUUAGACUGAAAAAAGGAUUGGCAUCACGUUGCUGGGAAAACUUAGUUUUAGCCAUGCUGGGUGAACAGUUUAUGGUGGGUUCUGAGGUCUGUGGUGCUGUUAUCUCAGUMAGGUUUCAGGAGGAUAUCAUAUCAAUUUGGAACAGAAAUGCAGCAGAUCAGGCAACCACAACACGAAUAAGAGACACACUAAAGAGAGUACUCAACCUUCCACCUAACACAAUAAUGGAAUACAAAGCACAUCAGGACAGUAUUAAGGAUAACUCAAGCUUCAGAAAUACUGAUGUAUUUGUUAGAUGAACUGGAGUUUUAUUGACAAGUUUUGUCAGUGUCUCAUAAUCAAAUGGAUUGAAAAUCCUUAGCAAUGCUCUCAUUUUCUACAAAAUGUAUUAAUUGGAUGUUAGACAGAUCUACAUAUAAUCACUAUUAAUACUGGAAAGUUCAUAUUUCUUAUAUUAUAUCUUUCAUAACUUCUCAUCAUGUUUUUUUUUUCAGAAUUAUACUGUUACCGCAAAUAGUUAUUGAAGUCUUUUUUACAAAGUUGUUGAAAUCAAAAGUAAUCAUUACACGUGUCAUUUUGAUACUCAAAACUUCAAAAUAUGGUAUAAUGAUAUUGUAUUUUUGAUUUCAACAAUCUUUGUGAAAGUGACUAGUUUAUUAGUGGUCUUCAUAAACCUGUGAAUAAUAAUUUCUAAUAGCUGUGGCAGCAUAGUACAAAAGAUGAUAUGAAUUAUGCUGAAGUGUAUUUGAACUAUCUAUUUCCACAAUACUUUCACAGGUUUAACUGCCACUGCUACACAACUAGACUGAACAAAAUUCUUGAAAAGCAAUAUUAGUGGUAGUCUGCUGUCAAUCAACAUUUUCCAGCAAACGGGUGACAGUUGUUGCCAAAGAACUUCAGUUGAUUUCUUAUAAUUGCAUUGUAAAGUUUUUUUUGGACUGGUCACAGCUGUAACACURAAUUUCAUGGUUUUCUGGAAACUWUUCUGGUACGUUAUCACUAUUGUUAUUCACCGGAGCUCUAUGGUGUUUCACUUGACUCAUUGUAAUAAUGUUUCAACAUUUGCUUGACAUUCAGUUGCUAAGGCUUUUCUUCCAAUCAAUAAAGAUAUGAAAUGUUGUACCUUA